AUGGGAGAAGCGGAGAAGUUUCACUACAUAUACAGUUGCGACCUGGACAUCAACGUGCAGCUUAAGAUAGGAAGUUUGGAAGGGAAGAGAGAACAAAAGAGUUAUAAAGCUGUUCUAGAAGACCCAAUGUUGAAGUUUUCAGGGCUGUACCAGGAGACAUGCUCAGAUCUUUAUGUUACUUGUCAAGUUUUUGCAGAAGGGAAGCCUCUGGCCUUGCCAGUGAGAACAUCCUACAAAGCAUUUAGUACAAGAUGGAACUGGAAUGAAUGGCUAAAACUGCCUGUAAAAUACCCAGACCUGCCCAGGAAUGCCCAAGUGGCCCUCACUAUAUGGGAUGUGUAUGGACCAGGGAAGGCAGUGCCUGUGGGAGGAACAACGGUUUCGCUCUUUGGAAAAUAUGGCAUGUUUCGCCAAGGGAUGCACGACUUGAAAGUCUGGCCUAAUGUAGAAGCAGAUGGAUCAGAACCCACAAAAACUCCUGGCAGAACAAGCAGUACUCUCUCAGAAGAUCAGAUGAGCCGCCUUGCCAAGCUCACCAAAGCUCAUCGACAAGGACACAUGGUGAAAGUAGACUGGCUGGACAGAUUGACAUUUAGAGAAAUAGAAAUGAUAAAUGAGAGUGAAAAAAGAAGUUCUAAUUUCAUGUACUUGAUGGUUGAGUUUCGAUGUGUCAAGUGUGAUGAUAAGGAAUAUGGUAUUGUUUAUUAUGAAAAGGAUGGUGAUGAGUCAUCUCCAAUUUUAACAAGCUUUGAGAUAGUGAAGGUUCCUGAUCCUCAGAUGUCUAUGGAGAAUUUAGUUGAGAGCAAACAUCACAAGCUUGCCCGGAGUUUAAGAAGUGGACCUUCUGACCAUGAUCUCAAACCUAAUGCUGCCACAAGAGAUCAACUAAAUAUUAUUGUGAGUUAUCCACCAACCAAGCAACUUACAUAUGAAGAACAAGAUCUUGUUUGGAAGUUUAGAUAUUAUCUCACUAAUCAAGAAAAAGCUUUAACAAAAUUCUUGAAAUGUGUUAAUUGGGAUUUACCUCAGGAGGCUAAACAGGCAUUGGAACUUCUAGGAAAAUGGAAGCCAAUGGAUGUAGAGGACUCCUUGGAGCUUUUAUCCUCCCAUUACACCAAUCCAACUGUGAGGCGUUAUGCUGUUGCCCGGUUGCGACAGGCAGAUGAUGAGGAUUUGUUGAUGUACCUAUUACAGCUGGUCCAGGCUCUCAAAUAUGAAAAUUUUGAUGACAUAAAGAAUGGAUUAGAACCUACCAAGAAGGAUAGUCAGGGUUCAGUGUCAGAGAGUGUGUCAAAUUCUGGAAUCAAUUCUGCAGAAAUAGAUAGCUCCCAAAUUAUAACCAGCCCUCUUCCUCCAGUGUCUUCCCCUCCUCCUGCAUCCAAAACAAAAGACAGUUCAGAUGGUGAAAAUCUAGAGCAAGAUCUCUGUACCUUCUUGAUAUCAAGAGCCUGCAAAAACUCAACACUGGCUAAUUAUUUAUACUGGUAUGUGAUAGUGGAAUGUGAAGAUCAGGACACUCAGCAGAGAGAUCCAAAGACCCAUGAGAUGUACUUAAAUGUAAUGAGACGAUUCAGCCAAGCAUUGUUGAAGGGUGAUAAGUCUGUCAGAGUUAUGCGUUCUUUACUGGCUGCUCAGCAAACGUUUGUAGAUCGUUUGGUGCAUCUAAUGAAGGCAGUGCAGCGUGAAAGCGGAAAUCGUAAGAAAAAGAAUGAGAGACUACAGGCAUUGCUUGGAGACAAUGAAAAGAUGAAUUUGUCAGAUGUGGAACUUAUCCCAUUGCCUUUAGAACCCCAGGUGAAAAUUAGAGGAAUAAUCCCAGAAACAGCUACACUAUUUAAGAGUGCUCUUAUGCCUGCACAGUUAUUUUUUAAGACAGAAGAUGGGGGCAAAUACCCAGUUAUAUUUAAGCAUGGGGAUGAUUUACGCCAAGAUCAACUUAUUCUUCAAAUCAUUUCACUCAUGGACAAGCUGCUACGGAAAGAAAAUCUGGAUUUGAAGUUGACACCCUACAAGGUAUUAGCCACUAGUACAAAACAUGGCUUCAUGCAGUUUAUCCAGUCAGUUCCUGUUGCUGAAGUUCUUGAUACAGAAGGAAGCAUUCAGAACUUCUUUAGAAAAUAUGCACCGAGUGAGAAUGGACCAAAUGGAAUCAGUGCUGAAGUUAUGGACACUUAUGUUAAAAGCUGUGCUGGAUAUUGCGUGAUUACAUACAUACUUGGAGUUGGAGACAGACACCUGGAUAACCUUUUGCUAACAAAAACAGGCAAACUCUUCCACAUAGACUUCGGAUAUAUUUUGGGUCGGGAUCCAAAGCCUCUUCCUCCUCCAAUGAAGCUGAAUAAAGAAAUGGUAGAAGGAAUGGGGGGCACCCAGAGUGAGCAGUACCAAGAGUUUCGUAAACAGUGUUACACAGCUUUCCUCCACCUUCGAAGGUAUUCUAACCUGAUAUUGAACUUGUUUUCCUUGAUGGUGGAUGCAAACAUUCCAGAUAUUGCUCUUGAACCAGAUAAAACUGUGAAAAAGGUUCAGGAUAAAUUCCGACUAGACCUGUCUGAUGAAGAGGCCGUGCAUUACAUGCAGAGUCUGAUUGAUGAAAGUGUCCAUGCUCUUUUUGCUGCAGUGGUAGAACAGAUUCACAAGUUUGCCCAGUACUGGAGAAAAUGAAACUGGGUUUGGCACCUCAAAAUGUUUGGCUCUUUAAGAGAACUCCUUUAGAAGCAACCUCUGUCUAAGGA